CAGCCUUUUCCAUGGCGCGCAUACACCGACCGCAGCCACCUCAUCCUGAGAACAUGUAACAGCUGAGACACUGACCGGUUCAGAAGGUGUGUGCGUGGGGCAAUGAGGACAAAGGAGUUAGACACCGGACAGGUCAGCAGAACACACACUAGUGACUCACUAUGGACAAACAUUUGUACGAAGAGCACCAGUCUGGCAAAGUGGUUUUGCCAGAUAGCGUAAAAUUACAAGAUACUGUCUCACUCUUACCCACUGUUUGUUUGGACAGUAAUACAGGGUCAUCCAUUUUAAAAUGGUACAGAGAUUCAGGGACCUUGGUUGUGUUGGGAGAAGUUUAGAAAAAGACUGAAUUUUGUGACAAAUUUCUUCCAAGUAACUUUAAAAAAGUUGCUUUGAAAGCAACAGGCAUUCUCAGUUACUAAAAUUAAUUAAAUGAAAACGAAUAAAUAGUCUAUAAUUUUAGUGUAUAUUUAUCCUCCUGAGACCCAAGCAUAGAAUUUUGUCUCCCUCUCCUUAGUCUUUAAAUGUGACUGACAUUGAUUGAAUGAUCAAAUUUUGCACUCUUAAGGAAAUAUGAUAAUAUUUUGUAAAUAUCAUUUCAAUCUGACUAAUUUUCAAAUAGUUAUAAAUCAACAUCUCAGGAAAAUGUUAUGGGGUUUGAAAUCUGAAUAUGACUUUGUUUUACAAAACAGGAUGUCAAUUUCAUACGUCCACUAUAGUGGACAUCAGGACUUAAAGGGGUCAUAUAAUGCCACUUUUACAAGAUGUAAAAUAAGUCUCUGAUGUCCCCCGAGUGUGUAUGUGAAGUUUUAGCUCAAAAUACCCUACAGAUCAUUUUAUAGCAUGUUAAAUUUGUCACUUUUUGAGGGUGAGCAAAAACAUUUCAUUUUUGUGUGUUUCCCUUUAAAUGCAAAUGAGCUGCUGCUCCCAAGAAGAGGGCGGAGUUUCAAGAGCUCGUGUUAGCAGCGCCGAUUACCUCACGCAUACUCACUGAAAAUGUCAGAAACUGUUCAGCCUUUUAUCGGACAAUCGGACAAUGAUGGAGAAACUCAAGAAGAAGUGACAAUAUGUAGAAUGCAGCUGGACGCUUCUGAAUGGUCUUUUUCUUUUUCUUACAUACGUGCUAAUGGCAGAGUGCCAGGCAUGAACAUGUUGAGGACGAGACAUGGAGCCGGAGAGAGAUCUCUGUACGGUGUUUGUUGGCACAACCGUUGACUUUAUAAGGAGGGGUUGAUAUUUUUGUGAACUCCUGGCAAUGAAGGUCCUUGUACACGUCUAACCACGUACUGUGAUCUCCUCCCUGUUUUCUUCUCCUCCUCCUCCUCCUUCUCACUGCUGACUAAGAGAGAAUUUAAGAGGGCAGCAAGAGGAGUUUUAGCUGUGGACGGAGAAGCGCUGAACGAUCUGGAUUCACUCAUCACAUUGUCACCUGAUACUGAUGUUUCAUCCUCACAGCAUCCACCAGUGGGUUCUUCUUCAGAAUCAGCAUCAAGUGAAAAGAGAGCCAAUCAAGCACAAAGAACGAGGCAAUCGAGCGACACUGCCACAGAUACGAAGUCAGUUAUGGGGCGAACUGAGGCCGUGUGGGUGGAGCUCAAUGCUGUGUUGGAGAGAUGGGGUGGGGCAGCAGGGAAACUAAACACAAUCUUGAGGGAACUCAAAGAGGAGAAAAAACGCCUUAUGGACCAAGGGGAAGAGCAAAAGAAAGCAAAGAAAAAGGAAGAGGAUGAAGAUGAAGAUGAGGAAGAUGAUGAUGAUGAUGAUGAAGAAGAAGAAGAAGAGGAAGAGGAGGAGGAAGAAGAAGAAGAAGAAGAGGAGGAAGAGGGAAAUGAAGAAGAGGAAGCCGAAGAGGAGGAGAAUGAUGCAUCUAACAGCACCCGAGAUGGUUUCAUAGACUCAUUACCAGAAGGCUGCAAUUUGGGAGAAAGUAGAAUUUCCUGCAAGCAGAUUGGCUUGUCCCACCUGCCCAUCAUCACGAACCUGGAAGUCACCAUACUUGAACUGCCUGGGAAUAACUUGACAAGAAUUCCUCCCCGUGGUUUUUCUGGACUGCCAAAUCUUGAAGAGCUUGACCUAAGUAUGAACAUGCUGGACGACGACUCUUUCGACCUAAGUCUCUUUAUGAAUCUGACAAAGCUGAAAAGUCUGAAACUUGACGGCAAUGAACUUACAACAAUUCCACGCUUGCCAUCUUCUUUGGAGGAUCUAAAGAUAAACAGCAAUAAAAUAAACCAACUGGCUUCACACAGCUUCAAAGGCUUGACUAACCUACAAGUCUUAGAACUGACGGGAAACAUCCUCUAUGAAGGCAGUAUUGCACCCUGGGCUUUCAAACCUCUGAAGUCACUUAAGUAUUUACGACUGGAUAAAAACAGAUUCAGUUCCAUUCCAGCGGGAUUACCCCCAUCUUUAGAGGACUUAAGGUUGCAGGAAAAUCAAAUAGUGGAGGUGCAGGACAGGCUUCUGGAUAAGUGUGUCCACCUGAAGGUGUUAGAUCUCAGUCACAACCUCCUGAAAGAGAACAGCAUCUACCCUGAGGCUUGGGUCAAACUGCCGAAGCUGGAAGCUCUUGACCUGUCCUAUAACCAGAUGGCAGUGGUGCCCACAGAUUUGCCCAGGGCCUUGCGCCAACUCUCCCUGCAGCACAAUCACAUUCACUCCAUUCCUCCAUACUCAUUGAGUCACCUCCGCCCAGGCUUACAGUCCCUACGCCUCUCCCACAACCUGUUGGAGGAGCACGGGGUGCUGGGGAAGUCAUUUCGUGGCGUUUAUCAAACACUGGUGGAGUUACACUUGGACAACAACAGGUUUGAGAGGGUGCCCAACAAUAUGCGCCACUUCAAGAACCUCCAGCUACUGCGUCUAGACCACAACCGUAUAAGCUCUGUUCCAGUGAAAUCAAUCUGUAAGGUUCAAAGGACGGAGGAGUCUCCCCUGUCAACUGUGCAUUUAGAGUACAACUACAUCAAUGUGCAGAAAAUCCAUCGUGCUGCUUUCUCCUGCAUUCGGGACCGCAGCAAGAUCAUACUGGAGCCCCAGAGCCAAACACAGGGCUAGUGAACUUCUACAGAAAUAUCAUCCUGUCACUUCACAGCCUUCCCUUCCCUGCCCCCGCUGUCAGUCAUUCCCAGAUUAAAUACUGUAAACACCAUGUCCAUUAGAUCUAUUAAUAGUGUGCAUGCUUGCUCUUGAAAUGCACAUUUGGGUCAUGUUCAGCAACUUGUAGCAUAAAAUACAUUAUUUUGUUUCUUUUUGUAUGUAAUAAAAACAUUCUUCUUGUAAGUUAAUGUCACAAGCGGGAUCAGAAACUCCCUGGCUCAGACAAUUAUUAAUGGCUUUCUAUCACAGUAUUCAUUUAUACUUUGGUACAUUUGCAAAGAUUUUAUUAUUUUAUCAUUUUAUAUUUAUAAUUGUAUUGUAUUUUUAUGUCUUCAUAUUCUGAUGUGACAUUAAAACAAAUUCAUGUAUAAUA